AUGGAUGUCCAGCUCUACGUGUACGACCUUUCACAGGGCCUUGCACGUUCUAUGUCCAGACAGUUCCUCGGGAUUCAGAUCGACGCCGUUUACCAUACCUCCAUCGUGCUCGGAGGCAUCGAGUACUACUUCGGACAAGGUGUACAAACUUGUCGCGCGGGCGCCACCCACCAUGGCAAGCCCAUGGAGAUAAUACCCUUGGGCCGAACCGACCUGCCGAUCGAAGUUGUUCUCGAAUAUCUAGAAAGCCUGAAGACCGUAUAUACGCCCGAGUCGUACGAUCUAUUCGCCCAUAACUGCAAUAACUUUUCGAACGACUUUGCGAUGUUUUUGGUGGGGAAGGGCAUACCGGGUCAUAUCACAAGCCUGCCUGAAACUGUUUUGAAUACGCCUUUCGGGCAGAUGUUGCGGCCACAGAUUGACGCGGCGAUGAGGCCUGUCACCCAAGCGCCGACGCCUCAGAACGGUGCUGUCGCACCCUCGGCAGUCAAAAACGCUGCACAAAAUGGCACGACAAAGCCAGCACCUAGUCUAACGAAGGCUGAGGCGGAGCUCAAGGAAGCCACUGGUCGGGUCAACAGUGUCACGACUAUACAAGCUGUGGACCGCCUGCUAGCCCUUGCGAAAGACCGCUGUGCGAUCAUCUUCUUCACGAGCUCAACUUGCGGACCCUGCAAGAUCAUGUAUCAGCCUUUCGAUGACUUGGCCGCGGAAGCUGGGGACAAGUGUGUCUUUCUAAAGAUCGACUUCAGCUUUGCGGACCGCUCAAUUGGAUCACGCUUCCCUCACGUCCGUGCAACGCCGACAUUCAUCACAUUCCUCCGCGGUCAGCAGCGGGAUGAGUGGAGUGGGGCUGACCCACGCCAACUACGAAGCAACGUAGAGCUUCUUCUCAACGAAGCGUUCCCUACGCACCCCCACCUAUCGAAGAGUCUGCCGACACUGCUAAGCCAGAGCCAGCGACCGAUCCUGUACACCAAAGUACCUCCACUAGAGAAGGUCGUGGCGAAGAUGGGAGAUGCAGGUAAAGACGAAGCUGUCUCCUCCAUCGUCUCUUUCAUCGACGCUCGCGAACGCUUUGGUGCUAUGGAAGCGCCCCUCACCAAGUUGCCAAAGUUCGCCGACUUUCUACGCGGAAGCACAUCUACCUUACCACCAGAGCUUCUAUUCACGUCUCUCGACCUGCUGCGCGUUGCUUUGACAGACGUCCGCGUGGCAGGCUUCUUCGCAGAAGAGCACGCAGGCGCAACUGGCACGCCGGCGACUGUAGCACAGCUGCUCGACCAUGUCAAUGGCUUAGACGAAUCAGCACCGUAUGCACUGCGGCUCACUACGCUGCACCUUUCCUGCAACCUCUUCAGUUCUCCUCUCUUCGUUCCUCAUAUUCUCUCUCCACCACUAUCCUCGACGCUGAUCUCCAUCCUCACCACUGCCCUCCUAGACGAGAAGCAUCCAGCGCUGAAAGCGUCAGCCCUCAGUCUGGCCAUGAACAUCGCCUCCUCCAACCACAAGAUACGGAUGAAGAAGCACAGCUCCAAUCCUGCCGCUUCUCUCCCUUCCGAGUCGGAGCUCGACGACUCAGAACAGGUCGAGCUGCUAGCCUCAUUGCUCGAGAUUCUUGGGUCUGAGGACGAAUUUAGCGAUGUGAAGAAGAUGGCGCUGAUCUGCGCUGGCUGGCUGGUAUAUUGCGCAGAUAUGGAAGGUGAGGUCAGGGACUUGUGGAGGGCGAUGGAUGCAGCUGGUACAGUGGGGAAGCUGCAGCCGAAGGUGUUGCAAGAUAGGAUGUUAGUCAAGGAGAUUAAGAGUCUGUUGGAGGUUUGA